GUAUUAUCACUAUCACUUCGCAUAUAUGUAUAUAUAUAUAUUCUAUACGAACCCAUUUUUUGGUUGAAUGUUAUAGUCUAUCUAAAAACAACUAUCACCGCCCACUAGUAUGAAACUGAAAUCGAAACCAAGCCACUCUGCGACAGACUUCCAGUGGCCCUCCAAAAUAACAUAUAAAAUACAGUUUAUGUUUCUUGUAACAUUUAAAGAUGAUCCCAAAGCCACACUCCAUUAUAUCCAUUACAACAUUAGCAGCACACGUGUAUCUGCUGUGCUGUGAUCUGUUCCUCUGGGCUUGUGUUUGUUCUGUGCUGCUGAGGUUGGAUGGAGAAGGCAGUCUGGAUUUAAGGUGCCUGUGGGCUUUCAGACUCAUCAGCUGGACUGUGCUUUAUUUACUGAGCACACUGGUCGCUGACAGCACUGUCCGGCCGUUCCUGAAGCAAUGGGUUGCUUUAUUGAGUUUCUUACCUGCAGUGUUUGACACUGUGCAGACAAUGCUGCAGGGGACUGUAAGAGGUUUCAGCCCUGUUCCUGAUCCGGGCAUGGUGGUCUUGAGCUCUGCCACAUCAACUCUUAUAUAUGUUGUGAUGGAGACGGCCUUCCCACAUGGUGGAUCCGUAAAGGGUUCCAGAAGCAAGAAAAAGGAUGAAGAGGCAAAGGCACUACUGAUGAGAGUGAUUCGCUACUCCAGACCGGACUACCUUCAUCUGGGGGCUGCCUUCAUUUUUCUCAGUCUGGCAGCGUUGUUUGAGACAUUCAUCCCAUACAGUAUUGGGAAGGUUGUUGACCACCUGAGCGGAAAAUAUCAACACAACAACUUCUUGUGGGCUAUUGGACUCAUGGCACUUUGCUCACUAGGAAGUUCUAUGUUCAGCGGUCUGCGUGGAGGAAUGUUCAUGUGUAGCCUCAGCAGACUCAACAAGAGAAUUCGACAUAUGCUGUUCCAGAAUCUUAUGAAGCAGGAUAUCAACUUUUUUGAAGAAAACAAACCAGGAAGUCUUACUUCACGUUUGAUCUCUGACACCGAUAAGAUGGGCCGUUCCGUGGCCAUGAACGCAAACGUGUUACUGCGCAGUCUGGUGAAAACAUGCGGCAUGCUUUACUUUAUGCUGGGCCUGUCCUGGCAGUUAACACUCCUCACGUGCAUCGAGAUGCCACUACUUGCUUUCAUUCAGAAUGCUUAUAACAACCUCUACCAGAAAACAUCCAGAGAGAUUCAGGACUGCAAUGCAGAGAUUGCUGAUUUAGCGACUUCUGUUAUCGGGUCAAUGAAGACGGUACGCAGUUGUAAAGGGGAGGCUCAGGAGCAGAGGAGAUAUGAACGGGCCCUGAACAGAAAGCUCCAAGUUUUGACGCGAAAGGGCAUCAGCAGUAAUGUUCACCUCUUAAUACGAAGGUUUAUUUCAGUGGGCUUGAAAGUAGCAAUGUUGAUCCAAGGUCGUAAUCUCAUCUCCACUGGACAGCUAAGCAGCGGCAGCCUCCUUGCAUUUGUGUUUUAUCAGAAAGACAUGGUGACCAACAUGAAGCAACUGGUGUAUAUCUACGGAGACAUGUUGAACACUGUGGGCUCAGCACUGAAGGUCUUUCAGCUGCUUGACAGGAAGCCGAGGAUGAGAGAGGAAGAAGGUCUUGCCCCUGAGAAACUGAAGGGAAAACUGACCUUUGAGAAGGUCACUUUUUCUUACAGCUCACGCCCUGAUAAUAAAGCACUUGAGUCUGUGACUUUGGAAUUGAGUCCAGGGAAGGUGACAGCGUUGGUGGGGCCCUCUGGUGGUGGCAAGACCUCUUGCGUAUGCUUGCUUCAAAGAUUCUAUGAACCGCAGGAUGGUGAAGUGUUUCUGGAUGGAAAACCUCUAUAUCGCUAUCAACACCAAUACUUCCAUCAAAAGGUGGCAAUGGUCUCCCAGGAUCCAGUACUAUUCUCUGGUUCUGUGAGAUAUAAUAUUGAGUAUGGUUUGAAGGACUGCACUAUGGAAAGAGUCAAAGAAGCUGCUCGGAAAGCCAACGCACACGACUUUAUACGCAAUCUGGAAAAAGAAUAUGACACAGAUGUUGGUGAAUGUGGUGACCAGCUUUCUGCAGGACAGAAGCAGUGUAUUGCUCUAGCCAGAGCUCUGAUAAGAAACCCACAGAUUCUCAUCUUAGAUGAGGCAACCAGUCACAUGGACUGUAGCACACAACAAGCAAUCCAAGAUGUGCUCAAUAACAUCACAGAUCAGACAGUAUUGGUGAUAGCUCACCGUUUGGAGACUGUGGAAAAAGCACAUCACAUUAUCUUUAUGGAGGACGGGAAGGUUGUGGAAGAAGGAACUCACCAGCAACUGAUGGCAAAUGAGAAAGGAAGAUAUUAUCGACUUAAGGAAAAACUCUUUCAAACUGAGCCAGAUUCAAGAAACUGAGUC